AUGCGAAUGGGAUUCGAGGAACAAGCGAAGCUCUCGCAGAUGUCCCUCCCACAAGUCAAGGCCCAUUUUCGGCAAGGACUACAAGACCAUGGUACAGAUGUGAAUCUGAAUGAUUCGCAGCCUCAAGGAGAUGGAGAUCAAUCUCGCGUGACGGCUGAGAAUGCUCAGUUCUACCGUGACAUGUUCGCCACCGGCGCGGAUAUUAAUCAUUAUUCGGAUAUUGGGAUGUUGCCAUUUUGCGAAUUUGCCAAGCAAUGCCUGUCUGGCGAUGUGAAAGCAGUCCGAGCGGCUUUGGAAAGAGCGAAGAACACGAACCAGCCAACGCCUGAUUCCCUGACUCGGUUAAUGGAAUCGCGAGAGACGUCGCUGCGAUUGACUCCGCUGUUGAUGAUGGUGUCGAUUGGAAAGAACAUGGCAAUGCGAGGAGUAAGCGAAAAGCAAAUGAGUGUCGUUAAGCUGCUGUUGGAAUAUGGAGCACGGCCAGAUGCCAGAGAUGUUUGUGGCAAAACUGUGUGCCACUACGGAGCAGGAGCCAUGGCUACCCCCAUGACACUGGAAGCGGUGAGACUAUGCAUCAAAGCUCAUGAAUCUGGUCACUUCUUUGGAAAACAAGUGGAGCUACACAGUCUCAAUUCUGCUGCCAGGAAUGGCGAUCAGGGUUGGUGUCUAGGUUACCAGUCAGACACGGGAAGGAGAGCUGUGUAUCUCGCAGAAACACGAGAAACGUUGGCAGUCAAACCAGAAAACCUAAAGUUGGUUGAUGCAUUGGAGCAGCAAAAUCCCACCAAACUCUGUGAUAUCCCAGAUCGCAUGGGUAUUGUCUGUCUUCAAGAGAUUAUUAUUUGCAACCGUGAGGACUGUGCCAGGUUUCUCUUGGAAGAGAAUCAUGCUGAUCUGGAUGUGGAAGACUGCGAUGGCACGAGUCCUAGGUCCAUGUGCGUACAGACACCAUUGGGGGGCUUCAGCAUGGCCGCUUUACAAGGGCGGAAGCGGGACAAGAAUUUUGAAUUCAGUUGCAGUAAGUGCGGUGUUUUGAAGUCCGACACGGCAUCUGAUGUUGUGCAAUCUGCAAGUGUGUCAUUACUGAGCAAGAACGGUAGAGGAAACAUUCCCAGCCAUAGGGAGGGCUCUGGCUAUCGAAAACCCGUCAAUGUCCGGGUCAACGAAAAGUUUGAUAUCAAAGUGCAAGCAAUCUCACACAGAGUUCCUCUCGCGAUCUAUGACAAAUCCAGACACUGUAAUUUCGAAGUUGCACCUGGGAGUCCUGGUUUUGAUGAACUGCUGCAAGCAGCCCAGGCAGAACCGACUUGGCAGGGCAGGAAGACUUUUGUGACAGCAAGUUUUGAUGCUGAAGGCAACUGUAGUGUUAUCCUGGUUAACAAAUGUUAA